AUCUUCAAGGACAAAAAUGCAACUGACGGCCAGCCCGAGCUUGUUUAAAGGACUGCGAUGUUCCUGGGAGUAAUCACUUCGUCUUUCACCAGGAUGAGUUCCGAGGAGGAGGCCUCAUCACCCAGCUCAGGAAUUCAGGACUGGGAAAAUUGAGCCGAGUCAUCCCAUCUGGCGGCUACCCCGGGAACGGCAGCUCUACGCGGUGACCCGGGCUCCGGCCGCACCUGCCGCAUCGCCACGUGACCGCAGUUCCAUGGACCAAACACCAAGAAGAAUGCUGGGCCAGCCCCCUUCCAGCCCCACCACCCAGCCCAAGAAGAAAAGCACAUCAGUGAUGUCUUUCUUUUCCAAGGUGUCUUGGAAUCUGAGGCUCCAGAAGCAGGAACCUCUGAAGAAUGUGUUUUUCAUCUUGGCAGAGACAGCCCGGGACCCCAGUGUUAAAAAGCGUCAUAUGGUGAUGAGCGGCCUGGGAACCAUGGCCUGUGAGACCCCGGACAAGGUGAGAAAGUAUAAGAAGAUUAUCCUAGACCUGCUGGUGAACGGUCUGUAUGACCCGGUGAGUUCAGAAGUCAUUCAUGAAAGCAUGAAAACCCUGACCAUCAUCCUGGACAAGAUGCGGGGGAAAGCCCUGGGCUCCUUCUUCAUAGACAUCACCCUUCAGACCCGGACUCUGCUCGAUGACGAGAAUGACAGCCUGAGAUACUCGGCCUUUGUCUUGUUUGGGCAACUGGCUGCCCUUGCAGGACGGAAGUGGAGGAGGUUCUUCACCGGUCAGGUGAAGCAGACUCAGGACUCCCUCCUGACACACUUACAGGACAGGAAUCCCCAGGUGGCCAAGGCCUGCAAAACAACUUUUCGAGCCUGUUCUCCGUAUCUGAGACAUAGCAAGGACUACAGCUUCCAGAAUGAGGAGGAUCAAAGGAACUCUAAACUCUGCCGGCAGCUGAGCCACUACCAUCCCGAGCUCCUGCAGUUCUUCUAUGCAAAUAAAAUCCUGUAGACACAGAGCGGCAGGGAGGUGGGUCCAGUGAGCGCAUGGCUGGGGGCUGAUAGUCCCCCUCUUUUAACCCUUCGGAUGCUCUGUUGCCUCUGGUGAUUGUGAUAGAAAGUGGGAUGUUGGGAGAGCAAUUGAUGGCAAACUUAAGACCGUGGAAUUGUAUAGUUGCAUCGAAAGUAAAUUCUAAAUAGUGAAUGUCUCAUUUUCUUCCACACAAGUUUGACGAUAAGGUUCGUCCUUUCUUUAGAACAUUUAAAGUAUAUGUGGAUUCGGUGCUUCUUUCUCAGCAUUUUUCUUCUUAAGGAUAUCUCUGUCACUAUCCUUUCUUUUUAAUUUUUAAGGUUUAGGAGAAUAUUACCUGAAGUUUUUUGUUUUUUUAAAAAAAUCUGCUAUUGAGCCUUUGCCAUUUGCUAUUAAUACCUUUUUCUGGUGAGACCUAUUUAGAGUUGGCCAAGGUACCAAGAAGUUAGUGUGGAGGGCAGUGUCUAGCUGCUCAUCAUUGUCAACAGCCAGUGUCUCCAAGAUAUUCCAAACAAGAGUUAAUAAAGAGAAAAAAAUCGAUGAAGCAUGUGUUGAAAAACCUCGAGCUAAUGGUAAUGUGUGGAAUAUUAAUAAUGAAUAAUGUGUAUUGCGCAUGUUUAUAGUUCACUGGGUACUAAGCACUUUGCAAGUAUUAUUUAAUAUUCACAACAAGCUGUGAGAAAGAUACUAUUAGUACCCUCAUUUUAUAGGUAAGAAAACUAAACUGAAAGUCACUCUCUUUGCAACCCCAUGGACUAUAGCCCGCCAGGCUCCUCUGUCCAUGGAAUUUUCCAUGCCAGAAUACUGGAGUGGGUAGCUGUUCCCUUCUCUAGGAGAUCUUCCCAAUCUGGGGACCCAACCCAGGUCUCCCGCAUUGCAGGUGGAUUCUUUACCAUCUGAGCCACCAGGGAAGCCCAAGAAAACUAAGGCACUGCCCCAGAUUACCCAGUAAUUAAUCGAAGCGGAAUUCAAACCCUGACUACAAGAGCCGACGUUCAGUCAGCACACUGCCUUGUUAUAGAAUAACUGAUGGAUGGUUAGAAAUGUAAAAAAAUAAAACUAAUU